AUGGAUAUACACCGCUGGCUCGAUGACACAGCAGACCGGGAACCACCGGACGAGCAGCGGCACACUGUCCCAGAUCAUAUGCAGACAUAUGCUGGAGCCAUCGACCAAGACUCUGCAACCAAGCUAUGUCGACGUAAGCGCAAGCGCGCGUCGAGCGACAGCUCUCUGCUUGAAUACGCACGUCACGAACAUGCCAAGGAGAUGCGAUAUGCGCGUCCAACCGAGCAUGUCCGCGACACUGCGCCGACUGCCAGGAGGAAUAGACUGCAAGACAGAUCUCUAAGCGAAGGCUCUUCACCACGAGCAGAACAGCACAAAAGCUACGAAAGACGGCCACGCCACAAGACCAAAGCCGAUCGCUAUGAGCCUAAGAAGCGGCACGAGCGCCAGCACAGCCCUCGCGAGAAGCCUGCAUCGAAGCGACGGGCGUCACAUCGCAGUGUAGAUAGCGGGCGCCCUACUGGAGUUGUACAAUCAUUCCAGCUGAAGAACGGACCAAAGAAUAGUCGUCUUACUUUGAAACCCGAUUUGACAGCCGGUAUUUUUCGACAUGGUCGCGCGUCUGCGCAAGUGCCUCCGGGUGGCGCAGGACUACCUGAUCUAGUGUUCAACGAAAUGCGCUUUCUGCAGAAGCCGAAGGAUCACCAGGACAAAACUCCUGCGAGACCAGACAACGAAGCAGCCACCAAGAAGGACAGGCAGCAGAGACGAGAGGAGGAGAUAUCUGCCUACUUCACAGUCGGUCGUGAUGCCGCUCAGCAUGACCAUCCUAGGCAAAGGAACAGCAGAGACCCGCCAUGUAAGGAGAAGGGCCACCGCCUACACCAGCGAAGUGCCGCUAGACCUCCUCCUGUAGACCUCCCGGAGAAACCUUUCCUAGGAUUCGGUAGCAAAGGUCAGCAUGCCACUACGCAGGAGCCCACGACGAACAGCAACUGCACCUGGUCUGAUUCUCAAACUCCAAAACCGAAGUCCAUACCGCCACGUGCAAAGAAACGAGUGUCCGAACCGAAGCCCACCCGGCGAUCUACAGAACCCAUCGAAGCUUGCACCCGUGAAAAACGUGUGCCCCGGAGAGCGACCACCAAGACAAUCUUACCAUCUGCGCCCCAUACAAUGCCGUCAGAACCGCCCAUCCAUGUUUCGCUUUCGGCAGACGAAGAAUCUCUGCCACAUGACUCAUCCAUGUUCCACACCUCCGACAUCUUGCGUGUUCAUCGUAAUAUUUCAGUCGAGACGCCCGAGGAGAACCAACAGUCGGCGUCAUCAACGCCGACCGGCAAGCUAUUACGCAAAGCAUUCGAGGCUGUGCAUCGUCCAGCUGCUAAAGAGUCGACUUUCUCGGCACAGCAACAACGGAAGCGACGGGAAUCUGCCAUCACGAGCGAUCGAAUCUUGACACCUGCACUACGUAUACGACCUCUGAGGCCGACAGCGGUGUCGUCGACUACAGCAAGCAAACCACGACCAGUCCAAAUGUACGAGGAGAUGCUGGAGGAGCCCGGGCGAAAGCAAGAUCUGGUCUCACCAGUGCAUAUAUAUGCCAAUGCACAACAAGCAGAAGCACUUGCCUUUAAUCCCAUAUUCCAGCAGCCGAACCCUAUGCACGAUGGGUACGGAGAGCAGAUGCGCGAGUCUGGAGACCUCUACGAGGUAGGCGCUACACCAACAAUACGUUCGCCUCUAAUGUCGCAGCUAUAUGUGGGGCCGCAAGAGGACUUUGGACCAGUAUCAGGAGGAUACGACGCUCAUGACUAUGUAGGCAAUGCACGAGACGAGGGUUUUGCAGGCUUCUGGCGGCCAAACAGGUUAUACUGA